CAGCAGCUUGGCAGACCGAUGCUAUGCUGAUUCGAUGAUUUGUAAACAACGGGUCUAAUUCGUAGACGAAAAAUCGUAAAUUUUAGCAGAAAAUUAAGCUUCCGAACUGUAGUUAGAUGACAAUGUCUGCUGUUCAUACGCCUUCGGUUGCCCUGAGCAAAUAUCGAGACCAACAUUUCAAGGGAUCACGUCAUGAACAGGAGCGGCUACUACGCGUAACUUCCACACUCUACGUAGGUAAUUUGAGCUUUUACACAACAGAGGAACAAAUUCACGAGCUAUUCUCACGAUGCGGUGACAUCCGGCGGAUCGUGAUGGGACUGGAUAAGUUCAAGAAAACACCUUGCGGAUUUUGCUUCGUUGAAUAUUAUACUAGAGAUGAUGCGGAAUCUGCAAUGCGGUAUAUAAACGGAACGAGACUGGACGACCGGAUUGUUCGGGUUGACUGGGAUGCCGGCUUCGUGGAGGGUCGUCAGUACGGUCGGGGUAAAACCGGUGGUCAAGUGCGUGACGAGUAUCGGCAGGACCACGAUUUGGGCCGAGGUGGUUACGGAAAGAUGGUACAGAUGGGUCAACUUGGCGCCCCCAAUCUGAGAAAAAGUUAGGGCUGGUGUCGGAAGCGUUCGGAUUGCGUUAAUACAACUAGAAUUACUUAUUUAAUAUAAAGCUUUUCAAUGAAAUAUAUGUAUGAAACACAUA